UGGAAUGCUACAUUUAUGAAAAUUUAUAUUGCAGCCUAACCAGUUAAUCUCUAGCAAGUUAAUUGAAUAAGUAUAGUUGGAAAUCUGGAGAAGCAGGGUGAAAUGCUUGUAUGUUUCCAUCUGUCAUUUUCCUUUAAGAUGAUGUAAGGCUCAUCUCCCUAAGAAUGGUCUCCCUCCCCCGUCCAAAGCCUCUCUCGGCACGCUGCAUUCAUUCGCACAACGCUACUGAUGCUCAGGAGAGUCAGGAUGCACAAACUUCCCAGCGCACCCUCCUUUUCAACUACAGACGCUUUUACUGAAACGCUGGGUGGGUGCCAGGUACAUGAAGACUAACUGUUCUGGACGGACAAGGUUUUCUGGGAGAGAAGCACUCUUCUAAAGGAAGUUGAAGCUGUCUUGGUUGGUGCAGUUUUUCAUUUUUAUAAGCAGAACUUAUUUUUGGAUUUUCGGCUGGAGGUUACAUGAGCUGCAUAAUUGGUUCCCUUGGGUCUCAGAGAUGCUGUGCAUAACACAAUGGACUGCGAAUGUCUAUUAAAGCGCGUGCAGGUUAUGUUCCUUUUGACUUUUUGCUCACUAAAGACAAAUCAAAAACUUUUGCGUAUUCGCUUUUUUGUCUUUUAAAGCGUGCAACGCCAAAAUGGCUCUGACUGAGAAUUGCAAGACUUAUCAGACGCCCAAGGACAGUGGAUGUGCUCAGAGUUGCUCCUCUGAUGUGGUGGAGCUCAAUGUAGGUGGACAGGUGUACUACACUCGCCAUGCCACCCUCACCAGCGUGCCAAACUCCCUGCUGGGGAAAUUAUUCUCAGCUAAAAAGGACGUUUCCAACGACCUCGCGCAGGACAUCAAGGGUCGCUACUUCAUCGACAGGGACGGAUUUCUCUUUCGAUAUGUGUUGGACUAUCUCCGCGAUAAGAGCGUCGUGCUGCCGGAUUAUUUCCCGGAGAAAGGGAGGCUCAAGCGCGAGGCUGAGUUCUUCCAGCUGCCCGAGCUCGUGAAAAUCCUGACACCAGAUGAAUAUAUCCACGGUGAUUUUGAUGAAGCGUCCCAGGGAAGCGAUCAGAGGUUGUUCCCCGCGUCUUACCUGGACGCGCGCGAUAGGCGCUACGGCUUCAUCACGGUGGGAUACAAGAGCUCGUGCGCCUUCGGGAGGGACGCGGAUCCCAAAGCGCGAGGAAUACCCAAAAUCUUCAUCUGCGGAAGGGUGGGUCUGGCCAAAGAAGUUUUCGGGGACACUCUAAACGAGAGCCGGGACCCCGACAGGCCAGCCGAGCGCUACACCUCUCAGUUUUACCUGAAGUUUCGCCACCUGGAGCGCGCGUUUGAUAUGCUCGCGGAGAGCGGCUUCCACAUCGUCGCGUGCAAUUCAUCACUCACCACUUCUCCGCACAACAGACGCACUGAUGACAGAAACUGGUCCAAUAACACAGAGUACGUCUUCUACCGUGGCCCAUCCGGAUGGUCUUCUUCUCACUGCGACUGCUGCUGCAAGAGCCACAAGAGCGAGCGCGAGGGUGAGAGCUGCACUUCCUUCAACGAGCUCUCCACUUCCUGUUCCGAGACCCAAUCGGAAGCCAGCUCUCCGCAGGAAACGGUCAUCGUGCGUCCGGUCACCCGCCAGCCCAACUUCCAGACUCUGGACCGGCCGGUGAAAAAGGGGCCGACCCCGAUUCCAAGGAGAACUGAUCUGCUUCGCGUUAGAACCGCCGGGCCGCGUGACGUCAUGGCAGGGAAGAGGAAACCGGCCAAGGAGAAGAUGACGCCGGAGCAGGAGCUGGAGAAAUGCAUCCAGGACUUCCGGCGGAUUAAAAUUCCAGAGCGCUUUCCGGAGAGGAAGUACAUGUGGCAGUCGGAACUCUUGAAUAAAUAUCAGCUCUGAAAUGAUUUCCUGUGGGCUCGCUGAGCCUAUUAGUGCAACACAACAGAGCUCUCAGCGCAUAGGAUGACAUCAUAAUUCUUCUCUGCUUUGGCUUAAUUGGCUCGUCUGUGUAAUCAUUCGGUAAGAUGCACAAUUAACAAUUCAGUGAACCUCAAGUGACUCCUAAAGGGACCGGUCCUGUUUGGCACAAUGGCAUUAAAGUCUAAACCAAUUUCACAGCGUCUAGACAAACCUCUCAAAUAAAAACAGAUUGUAUAUAAACAAAAUAAUCACAAGUGUGUAUUACCUGGUGAUGCUCAAAGUAGAUGCACGGACAGCACAGCACAACACAGUUCCACCUGUAAAUGCAAUGCAAAUAUGAGAACUACGGGACUGGUUUGUGAAUGUGGUUUGCAUUAUCCAAUUCAGUGUUUAGCUGAUGGAGAGUUUUAACGGAAAAGUUCACCCAAAAAUUUACUCACCCUCAGGCCAACCAAGAUGUUCAUGAGUUUGUUUCUUCAUCAGAUUUGGAGAAAUGUAGCAUUGCAUGGAUGCUCUGCAGUGAAUGGGUGCCAUCAGAAUGAGAGUCCAAACACCUGAUAAAAACAUAAAAAAAAUCCACAACUAAUCCACACCACUCCAGUCCAUCAGUUAACAUCUUGUGAAGUGAAAAACUGCAUGUUUACAAUACAAGUUUCCUUAAUAGAAACCUAAAUACAAGUUUAUAAUCCAUAAUAACGCUAAGUUCCACCAGUUAAGAAGUCCAUCUCCUGUUUUCCUCUCACAUAUUUGUUUUGGACUGUUUUCACUUGUAAAAAGGUGUUUGAUCUGUGCAGAUUUCUCUCCUGAUUCAGUCGAGAUGGAGAAGCAAUAUUCUAAAAAUAGGACUUGUAUUUUCAUACUCAUAUUUAGUAAGCAAUGGUUUGAAAUUAAAAA